AUGGCAUACAACCCUAACCCUAACCCUAAUGGUGCUGGGGAACCUCUCUCUCCUUGUCGGAUUUCAGCCACAUCAAAUACUCAAGAGAAUUAUAGUGACCAGACCUUCUCACCCCUUCCGGCACUUUCAGUUCGAGAUCUUGGUGUCUUGGGCUUGAAGCCCGGAAGAGAGAAUUCGAGGAUGGAAAAGAUUGGGUGUAGGGCACAGACGGCGAGCAUGGAUUCGGCCAUUAAGUCAUCAGAUUUGGUUGUGCGUCGGAGUCUAGAAAUGGAUGAUGAGGAAGAAGCGAUUGGUUCUAAACGACGGAAGAAAGAUGAGGCGUUGCAGCUAUUUGUGAAAUUGGAUAUGGGCGAAAGACGUAGGAGUGAUGAGUUGUGGCCGUUCUUCAUCAAAACAAGUGCAAGUGAGAGACACCAUCUUCAAUCUGAGGUGAUUGAGAUUCGAGCUGGCCCGAUGGAUGACUUGGAUCUUGAGCUUAGGCUCGGUGAUCGGCCUAAGGUGAGGUAG